AUGUGUACCAAUCAUUUUCCCUCAGAGGUAUCUGCUAAACUAAACUACUUCUCUCGCAACCCUAGAUUCGAACAUGAAAAGCCUUUCGUGACCAGUUUUCCAGUAGAUGAGAUUGAGGGAGCCGCCAUCACGAAUCACGAGUUCGACACGCGGUUGACAAAAGUCAGAAACAUCCGUGGACAAUCUCUACCCUCCUUGAACACUCAUGGGUUCACUUACUUAACGUCACCAACGCUGAUGACCUUGGCCGAAUUCGACGAAAGCGUCAUUGUACGGGAGAAAUACUUUCCAGAACUCAAGGAUAUUUGGCGACCUUUACGGGGACCGAACGAUGAUUGGCCUCUUGCCCUUUGCGACUUUACCUCAAUAGACCCAGAUGAAGACAUCAUAGCAAACGAUGUGGUAUAUGAGAAUAGUGUGGGGGAAGAUGCAUUCUUGCGAUUCAACGAAAAGCACCAAUGGUACUACCUCAGCGGUCAAACAGCACAUGAAGUCAUUUUAUGGCGGAAUACUAACUUGCCAUCUGGUGAUAAACCGCUACGCUAUACUAAAGUUGGUGUAACGGGUUGA